CGCUCGCCAGGUCGGGGCUCCGUGGCGGUGGCGAUCACGCGUGUUCGCGAGGUGUGGCCUGGACGCGGCAGUCACCGGGGCCGCGCGAAUGGGCGUCGUCCACCCGGAGAAAGUCACUGAUGCGGGUUGUGCAAAAGGCUCCGGUCACAAUUUACUCUUUUUUAAAAGUGGAAGAAGCGAUUGCCUAAAGGAUUGACACGAGGUUACGUAGAAUCCUACCUUUUAUUAGUUCAAGCCAAAAGAGUAAAGAUAAAACAUGCCAUCUUUCACCUUAGCCUGUGUAGCUCUACGACUUGGACUACACUUUUUACCCUAAUACUGUACUCAUGAUGCCAGAAGGGAAAUCUCCUGACAAAAAAAGACCCCGUAGAAGCUUAUCAACUAGCAAAACUAAAAGCAAUGCCUCUAACUCUAUCAUUUCAUAUUUUAACAAUGCACCACCUGCUAAACUUGCCUGCCCCAUUUGUAGUAAAAUGGUGCUCAGGUACGACUUAAACCAGCACCUCGAUCAGAUGUGUGCUAACAGUGAUGUCAUUCAUGUUGGUCCAGUGCAGGUUGGCUUAAUGAAUUCAAAUUCAUCCACAGCAGAGUUAACCAGUGUUGCCUCAGAAGAUGUGACCCCAGAGACCCCAUCACCACCAAAGACAAGUUUAAUCCCUGGCCAGAGUGAUUCGGCAGAAGUGGGUGUAAAACAGACCAGUCCCUACUUUAAAAGUGAUGAUGCCAUAGUAUGCAAAAAUCAGGAAGAGUUGAGGAAUCAUAAUGUGAAAGUCAUUUCUUUGGGAAGCCUGUCAUCUAAACUGUCAAGAAAGUACAUGAAGGCCAAAAAGUCCCUAGAUAAGUGUGAAGAAUUUGCCAGUCAUUGUCCACAGAGUUCCAUAUCCACAGCUGUUAGGAGCCUGGCUGAUAACAGUUCAGAAAUUGAGGAUGAGGACAAAAAUUUGAGUACUCAGAAGGAAAACAUUUUUACAUGUGAUUCUCUAAAGGAAGAGAAUACUCUUGAAUGUAUGGUAAACAGUAGUAAAAUAAGAGAAGCUGAAAGCCAAAAGGCUACCCAGGAAUGUGGGAAAUUAGCCCUCAGCCCUGGCUUGUCAGAUAAAGCUCUCAUAGGAUUUUCAUCAGAUUUAACUCUUGGGGAAAAUUUCAAGUCCACUUCAGAAGAUGGGGCUGUAAAGCAAGAGAACAUCAGAGGAGUAGAUGAUAAAGAUGUUGAAAAAUGUGAGAGGUACAGUUGUGAAGAAGUAGAAAUCACUGUUGCUUCAGAAGUUAAAACACAGUUAUCAAGUUCAGAGGCAAAAUCUAGUUCCACAAAUGAUGGUUCUAAAUGGAGUGACAUCCAUGAACAACUUCUGGAGGAUGACAGCGUCCUAAAGAAUAAAGUAGUUUGCAACAUUCCUCUGGGGCUGGGGUCAGGUUGUGAUGUUCCUGGUGAUGCAGCUGUAACACCCUCAAGUCAUCCUUACUAUCUGCGGAGUUUCCUCCUGGUCCUGCAAGCCGUGCUAGAGAACGAAGAUGACAGGCUGCUCUUUGAUGAGGAGGAUAAGGAAGUUAUAAGCACAUUUUAUCAGUUAUCAGCUAGUGGUCAGAAGUUAUAUGUAAGGCUCUUUCAACGUAAAUUAACGUGGAUUAAAAUGAACAAAUUAGAAUAUGAAGAGAUUGCUCCAGACUUAACACCUGUGAUUGAAGAAUUGCAACAUGCAGGCUUUGUACAGACAGAAUCUGAGUUACAAGAGCUCUCUGAAGUACUUGAACUCCUUUCUGCUCCUGAACUGAAAUCCCUGGCCAAGACCUUCCACCUGGUGAAUCCCAAUGGACAGAAACAGCAGCUGGUAGAUGCCUUUCUCAGAUUGGCCAAGCAGCGUUCAGUCUGCACUUGGGGCAAGAGUCAGCCUGGAAUUGGAGCCGUUAUUUUAAAAAGAGCUAAAGCCUUGGCUGGACAGUCACUGCGAGUCUGUAGAGGUCCCAGGGCUGUGUUUGCUCGGAUCUUACUCCUGUUUUCAUUGAGUGACUCUAUGGAAGAAGAAGAAGGUGCUUGUGGUGGUCAAGGUCAGCUUUCCACAGUGCUUUUGGUCACUCUUGGCCGAAUGCAGUUUCCUAGGUAUACCAUCAAUCGGAAAACCCAAAUCUUCCAAGACAGAGAGGAUCUUAUCAGAUAUGCAGCGGCUGCACACAUGCUGAGUGACAUUUCCACCGCCAUGGCCAGUGGGAACUGGGAAGAAGCUAAGGAGCUCUCUGACAGUGCAAAAAGGGAAUGGAACAAACUGAAAAACCACCCUUCCCUGAGUCACCUCACUGGCAGAAUUGGAAUUUUCUACCCGCUUUGCAUAGAGUCAGAGUGCUGUGUGAAAUAGAAGGCGAUGGCAGAGUUUAAAGUGAACUUUAUGUUUGUCACUCAGAGGCCUGGACAGUGGACAUUCAUUCUGCUGUUAGCCUGCCAGCAUCUUUCAGGGUGUGGCCUCCCUGAGCACUGCAGAGCUGACUUUACGUGUGAGGGCGAAGACUAGGUUUGUUCUGCUGAUGGAGACUCAAGCCUGUGGCAUUCUGAAAAGACAGCACAAGUGAACAUUCACCUUCCGAGAGCACAGUGCAUAUCUCCCAUUGUUCUAAUAAACAUUAAAUACCUGCAGCAUUACAGAGAAUUUUUCCUAUAUGAUGCAUAGUGAUGAGAAAAGCUAGGAUUAUCCAGUGCUUCUUUCAUAAAAAUAUUUAGGAUACACAUUUUAUGAAGAAUAAUGUUGACAGAAAAGUCAUAGCCAGGAAAUUAGAAGCUAGAUUACCAAAGAGCAGAGAUUGCUAAACUUCUGUAAAAAGCCAGUCAGUCAGUUUUCGUGGCCGUGCGGGCCAUGGGCGCUCUGUGGAGCAGCAUGGCUGGGUUCCCCUACCCUUCGUUUAUGCACAUCGAGGCUCGGGUUCAGUGGAACUGUCACGUGCCACAGUAGUACUCUCCUUUGGAUUUAUUUCAUGUAUUUAAGAUGGUAGAGACCUGCAGGGAGGGAUGAGAAGUGGUUGAUCUAUGGGUAGUAGUUCCGUCGGAUAGCAGUAAGAAGUCCUGGUGCACUGUGACACGGUAGGUAGUGUGAGUGUGGAUAGCGGAUGUGGGUUGUACGCUCAGGUUAGAAGAAAGGAUUUUGAGUGUUUUGCCAUAGUGAAGGGAUAAAGGUUGGAGGAGAUAGGUAUGUUAACUGAUUGCACAAUGGGGACAUGUAUCGAAACAUCACAGUACCCCAUGGUGUACAAAUAUAUGCGAUUUUUGUGUUUUUACAUAUGAGAAAACUUUAAAAAGAAAUAAUAGCCACAUAUACAGAAAAGUAAAUAAUAAAAUCAUUUUAGAAAAGGUAAAACUAUUUUGCUUGUGUUAGGGCUGGGAAGAUUAGGAGGGUUGGCACUGGCCCGAGGGCUGGUCUGCUGCCCCCAUCGACAGUGUUACCAGUGGGGUCCUCUGACCCCAUCAUCCAAGCUGCCUAGGUCGGGAUGGCUCACUGUGAGAAUGUGGGUUUGUGGGGAAGAAAACUGUGCGUGACUGGAAGUAGUUAGAAUAUAGCUUUUUAAAAGAAUUCAGUGUUCUUUGCCACUUCGUGUAGUUGUCUUACAACAAAGAAACUAAAUCAUUAACCAUUGUUAUUAGUUCUAAGUAUUAACUGGUGUGUAA